AUGGCCUCAGUUCCGGGCCCGGAUUACAGAAGUAUCAUCAACUCUCCACAGUUUACAUUCCUCAUUGGACCUGGCCACUCGAAACUCACAAUCCAAUCUGGCCUCGCGAAACAUGUCUCUCCACGGCUCGAUGGUUUGAUGAACAAUGGCCAUACUCGCGAAUCCAGACAUCGCAUCGCAGUUUUGGAGGAGGAAGACGUUGAGACCUUUACCGGUUUCUGUGAGUUUGCGUAUACAGGGGAUUACACGGUUCCUAGUCGCGCGACUAGGCCUGAGCAAGCAGAUGGCUCGGUAUAUGGAGAACCCAGCUCUCCAAUGGCGCUUGCUCACAUCCCGCCUCCAGCGCCCUCGCCUCCGUCUUCACCAAGAGGGCCACGACCAGAGGAUUCCUGUGCCGUCUGGGAUGAUGAAGACGAUCUUCCCAAGGAAGAGCCCGUACAACCUGUAGUUGUGAAGGAGGAUCCUCUGCUUCUGCCGCAAGAAGCAGAAGAGGUCGAGUUGAAGGGUGCUACGGAUUCAGGGAAGAAGGGCAAAAAGGGCAAGAAAGAUAAAAAGGGGAAGAAAAAGGCAGUUGAGGAGCGUCCUGCUGCGAGCACACUAACUCCUCCCAAAACUCCCCCACCAGCUGAAAGCAAGGAUGAAAGCAAACCUGCGGCCGUCGAAGAAAUACACACUGAGAUGGUCGUACCAGAGGCACCACUACAACCCGAGGAAAGGCCAGUCGAGCAUUUGGAAGAGAAUGCAAACGCCGGUGAUUGGUUUGACUUCAAACCUCCUCAGGACGCUGCUUUGGUCGAGGCGCCAAAAUCUGAAGGCUCAGUAAAAGGAGAUCCCUUUUUCCCUCUUCCAUCAGCCCGGCCUGCUGGUACCACGCUUUGGGACGAAUUCACCGCCAUUCAGUAUCCACAGUAUGAACGCCGACCUAGCCCAUCAAGCUUUCCACCAACAAUGGACGAUAAAGCGUCUCGCGUUGAGGCUCCCUAUAUUCUAUACCAUGCAAAGAUAUACGUCUUCGCGUCUCGUUACCUCGUUCCAACCCUUGCUCAGCUCGCCCUAACAAAGCUUCAUCGGGACUUAGUCUCAUUCCCUCUACGAACUACGAAUGCAUCCGGUCAUGGGGACAACAGCACCGUCCCAUUCGUACUAGAAUUGCUGCACUAUACGUUUAAGAACACCAAACGCACUGAUCCAAGAUUCCCUUCCCUCGAUCCAAGCCUAGAGAUGCCAAUUGAAAGGGAGAAUCGACUUCGCAAGCUUACCACUCAUUAUGUUGCAUGCAAAGUGAGACAGCUGGCGACUUACCGACCUGAAGGCCACCAUGUAGAGCUAGGCGAUACACCGGCCACUUUCCGUGACCUUCUCAACAAGACGGGAGAACUGGCUUCGGGCCUUGUCUUCCAACUGAUGUAA